AGAUACCAAAAAUAGUGCACCGAAAAUGCCUCCUCACGAGCGCAGUCGAUACACGGGAAGGGAGUACAGCUCGCGGUAUUACACUUUGCUGAAAGGCAGAGAGCAACUUCCCAUUUUCGCAGCCAAGUCACGAAUCCAAAAGUUGGUGAAUCAAUAUCAGACAGUCCUACUUGUGGGUGAAACAGGUAGUGGAAAGACCACACAAGUUCCGCAGUACAUUCUCGAACUCAAUCCUGAGCAUGGAAUUGCGUGCACACAACCGCGGCGUGUUGCUGCGACUAGUGUCAGCGAGCGUGUGGCUGAGGAAAUGGAUGUUGUGCUUGGCGAGGAAGUCGGCUACAAUAUUCGAUUUGACGACAUGAGCUCUGAAAAAACACGUAUCAAGUACCUGACUGAUGGUAUGUUGCUCCGUGAAGCAAUGACUGAUCCGUUAUUGAGCAGAUACAGUGUUAUUGUGUUGGAUGAAGCCCACGAACGCACAGUGUCCACAGAUAUUCUUAUCGGCACAGUCAAGGCCCUGCUACCAAAACGACCGGAUCUUCGAAUUGUGGUGAUGUCGGCGACUCUUGAAGAGAAGCGCUUCCAGGAGUAUUUCCCAGAGGCUCCGUUGGUCCACAUUUCCGGCCGCAUGUACGGUGUGGAGGUGUACAACUCCAAGGCUCCUGAAGCAAACUACGUUGAAGCAGCUAUUCGCACCGCAACCCAAAUUCAUCUUUACGAAGGCGAAGGCGAUAUUCUCAUUUUUCUUACAGGUGAGGACGAAAUUGAAACCACUGUUGAACGUUUGCAGAACGGCAUACGGAUGUCGGAGCACAGCAGCGCAAAUUGCCACCGUGGGCCAGUCUCUGUUUUGCCCCUCUAUUCUGCACUGCCGCCUUCCCAGCAGCGAAAGGUGUUUCAGCCCGUACCGGAAGGAACACGAAAAAUUGUUGUCGCAACGAAUGUCGCCGAAACCUCGCUGACAAUUGAUGGCGUUGUUUUUGUGAUCGACUGUGGGUUCUCAAAACAAAAAGUUUUCAAUCCAAAACUGCGCGUCGAAUCGCUGCUGGUUACUCCCAUUAGUCAAGCCAGUGCGCGUCAGCGAUGCGGUCGUGCUGGCCGCACGCGCCCCGGAAAGUGUUUCCGCCUCUACACGGCGAAAUCGUUCCACACCGCACUGCAGCCCAACACAUAUCCCGAGAUUCUUCGUUGCAACCUUGGCAGCAUUGUGCUGAACAUGAAAAAAAUGGGGAUUGAGGAUUUGGUCAACUUUGACUUUGUCGAGCCACCGGCUCCAGAAACCUUGAUGCGCGCAUUGGAAUUACUGAAUUACCUUGACGCCCUCGAUGAUGACGGUAAUUUGACUGAGCAAGGUAGUUUGAUGUCAGAUUUCCCAGUUGAGCCUGAAAUGGCAUCAAUGCUUUUUCACAGCGCAGAGUAUGGAUGCUCGGAAGACAUUGCGCGGAUUUGCGCCAUGUUGUCGGUGCAAAACCCUUUUUUUAAUCCUUCUAACGAGCAGCGCGGGCGUGCGAUGCGAUGCCGAGAGCAGUUUUAUCACCCCACGGGUGACCAUAUUGCGUAUUUGAACGUAUUUAACGCCUUCUAUGAGACAAAUAACCAAAGCACAUCGUGGUGCACAGACAACUAUAUAAAUCCCCGUGUUAUGAAACAAGCGGUGAACGUUUAUCGGCAGCUGGUUGGAAUUAUGCGGCGGCUCGGACUCACAAUUAGCAGUACAUACAGCGCAUCACAGCGUCAAGUUCAAGGUGAAGAAUUCCCCGCCGAGAUGGAAUUCGCGAACGAAAUUCGUCGCGCCAUCGUGCGAGGCUUUUUUACCAAAAUUGCACUUUCAUUGCCCACGAAGCAUCAAUUUAUGACGUUGAAAGAUGACGUAAAGUGUCUGCUUUUCCCCGCAACGUAUUUGAACCGCCGUCCAAAAUUCGUUGUUUUCAACGAGCUUGUUCUUACCAGCAACACGUACAUCCGAACGAUCACUUCCAUUUCGGAAGACUGGUUGCUUGAAAUAAAUCCCGCCUAUUUCGCGAAGGAUGAAUUUGAAGGCGUCGCGAAACAAGUUUUUGAUGACAUUUAUCGCCGACAAGCUAAGGUGAAGGAACACCACGUGAAACGAUCGCGUGACUUGAACGAUGACGAGUAA